UAAGGCUUUGGUGCGCACCAAACUUAACACGCGUACUAAGGUUUUGACGAUGUAAACUAAGCCAAUGUUAAACUGGCAGAAAAUGGAAACAUUAAGCAAGAUCCCAAUGGUAAAAGAUGAGGAAAGAGAGAGACAGAAUGAGUCAUUCGUCGCUGUUUUAUCAACUUCUUGCAAAUUACCAAAUAUGUAUUAAGAAAAUUAACGCAAAUAAAGGCUGAAUUAGUUUCAUAAACAUAUAUAUUUAUGCAGGUAAUCCUGCUAAUAUAUCCUCAUAAUAAGAUUAAAAGUAAUCAAUUAAAAAAUUUUGUUUUUGCAUGAAACAGAACCAAAUAAUCGUGGAAUAGCGUAGAAGAGACCCAAAAAGUCAUGCAUAUUAUCUACGGGAUUCGUGGAUAUUUGACUACAUAAUUGAAUGUACACAUUUUGUGCACAUAGAGGCGCUGAUGGAUGAAAACACCUAAAAAAACGACGGGAUGACCACUCUCAGGUUCCUCUCUGGCACUCUGGCGCUGCACGAAACAAAUGAUUAAGUUUUCAAUUUAAAUUUAACCGUUUCGCUUCUCAGGCUGUACGAGAUGAUUCCAUAUAAAUCUAAGAGAAGCGAAUCUAGACGUUCAUCGAUACUUAAACCACGUAAACCACGGCAGCCAUUACAAAAUGUAAAUUUUGAUUCUUCAUCCAAUGAAAACAGUCCAGCUGUAUCAAAAGUCAAGAGACGUGUUAGUUUUGCAGAGAAAAAGCAUGUUAAAGAGUUUUGUCAUUCUACUGAACAAGGGACUGUAUGGGAUAAUACGUAUGAAGAGCAUGAUUCUAGUUUGAAAGGAUCCUUUGUGCUUGAUCAGAGUACUGAAACUAAGUUGAAAAAGAACACAUUGUUAUACACCUCUAAUAAUGAUUGUAUACAUAUUUAUUCCAAAGGUAAUUUAUGUCAUUCAGACAAUGUCUAUUUAGCAAAUAAUCAGCUCUUGCAAGAAUGUGUCGCAAAAACUAAUGAAAAAGAUAAUGAUGUAAGCAAUAAUUUAAAUUUUACUAAUCCAGUAAAAUCUACUGAAUUAUCUAACACAUCUCAACUUGGAUAUGCUGCAUUGCCAAGUAAACCUCGCCUGUCUAAGGAUGCAGCAUUGAGCGUUACUAUUGUAUACAGUGACUUAGAUGAAGAAUGUAUGGAAUUACCUGAUAAAGAAUUUCAAUCUAGACAAACUGUAAUAAAUACAUCUAAAAAUAUAAAAUCGAGCAAUAUUACUAUAUAUAGAGAUUCCAAUGAAGAAAAAUGUGCCGAUAAUAUUGCUAAUAAAAAUUUUGAUUCAUAUUUUAAAAAUAUUAACACUGAAUCAGAUAAUACAUGUGUCCAGGAUUUGUCUAUGGAUUUAACAGCACCAAUACCUGCAUUUUCAUUAUCUUCUUGUUUACAUGUGAAACAAGAAAAGAAACAGAAACAUAAUAAUAUAAAUAAUUUUGAUACAAAUUAUACUACUAAUUGCAAUAAUAUGUCAAUGGAAAUUACCGAGACUGUGCCAAUGUUUGUAAAGUCUGAUACUUGUGAUUUUGGAAAUUCUGAACAUAUUCCAAUGAUAUUGCAAAACUGUAAAGAUAUAAAUUGGAAUGCUGCAAAUAAUCCUAACACGAAUUUACAAUCCAAUUUUAUUUCUAAAAAUAUUUCUAAAUGUACACUAGGUGUAAAUUAUGCCAAUGACUCAAUGAUAUUAACAUCUGUAAUACAGCCAUUUAUAGAUGUCACAGAUACUAACGUAUGUCAUAUGAGUAAUACAACUUCUGAUAUAUCAAGGAAAAUGACCAUUACAUCGCCUAAAAUAUAUAAAAAAAAUGUCUGUAAAGAAGAUAUAAUUAAAGAAAAUUACUUGAGAAAAGAUCAAACUGAUAAAACUGAAAUUUUUAAUGAUGUAUUGAUGGAAAUGACAAAAUCCAUAAGUACUAUAUUGCCUUCAAAUGUUCACACUAAGAAGAAUCUUAGGAUGAAUGGACCAAUAUCUAAAAAUGAAAGAACUACAAUUUUUCAUAAUGUAUCCAUGGAAAUGACUAACACAAUAUCGACAAGAAACAAGCAAGAUAUUACUACUACCUCUGAAUCAUUAUCUAAAGAGAAUGCACGUGGUAGAAAGGAUGUAAACACAUCGACCUACUUUAAUGAAGGAACUAGAACAUUAUGUAAAUCUACGGAGUUUACUGAAAUUGUUCCCACUUCUCAAGAAAGAAUGCUUCAUACUACACAAUCUGUAAAAAAUCCAUGUGAAAAUGAUAAAGAUGAUAGAAUUGAUUCUAAUGGUGCACCAAUGGAAAUAAUAAAUUCAGUAAAUAUAUUACCUUUAAAUAUUGAUAAAGAAAAUCUAAAAAUCGUUGAAUCGAUAUUGAAAGAUGAUAAGACUAUGUUCUUUCAUAAUGUAUCUAUGGAAAUGACUAAAACAAUAUCGACAACAACAAGUAAACAAGAUGUUAUUGCUACCUGUGAAUCAUUAUCUGAAAAGAAUGCACAUGGCAAUAAGGAUGUAAACACAUCGGCCUGCUUUAACGAAGGAACUAGAACGUUAUGUAAAUCUAUGGAGCUUACUGAAAUCAUUCCAGCUUCUCAAGAAAGAAUGCUUUAUACUAUACAAUCUGUAAAAAAUGUGUGUGAAAAUGAUAAAGAUGAUAGAACUGAUUCUAAUAAUACAUUAAUGGAAAUAACAAAGUCAGUAAAUAUAUUACCUUUAAACAUUGGUGAAGAGAAUUUAAAGAUCAUUGAAUCGAUAUCGAAAGAUGAUAAACCUAUGCUCUUUCAUAAUGUAUCCAUGGAAAUGACUACUGCGUUGUCAUCAAGAGACCAAGAAAAAGAAGUUACUCAAUUAGUCACUUGUAAAUCUAAAGAGGAUACAGAUGGAGAAAGAAACAAUUCAGUUGAAUUUAAUGAAGGCACCAAAUUAUUGGACAAAUCUAUGAAAUUUAUCGAAGUAGUUCCGAUUUCUUUGCACGACAAGAGAACAUUUAAUACUACUAAUACUAUCUACACUACACAGUCAACAUCAUUUUCCCAAACAUCGGAAACAAUUUCAUUGUUCGCUAAAAAUUCUGUAGAGAUAGCAUAUCAACCUGAUACAACUGCAAACAAAACAAUUCAAGAUAUAUCAAUGGAAAUUACUGGAGUACCAUCAACAUUUCGUCCUAUACAAGACGUGAAAGUAAAUAAAACAGACAAUUCAAUCAUUUCUAAAAAUAAUGGGUCCCAAAGUCUAAUGACGAAUAAUUCAACAAAAUCAAGGGAAAGUGUAACAAAAGAAAACCUUAUAAUUUCAAGAGAAAUUAUGGACUCAGAAACAGAUUGUAAUUCUUAUAUAGAAGUUCGAUCUCCUCAGGAAACCGAUGUAUCUUUAUAUCCAAAUACUAACACUAACUGUAUAAGUGAUGUAGAACAUAAUGAGUAUUUUGUAAAAAAUACAGUGGAUCACACGCAAAUAUCUAACUCAAAUCUCAGGAACAGUCUAAAUGAGAUUAAUAAACAUAGUUUCAAAGAUUUGCCAUGCCUGAAAAACAGUUUCUUAGAGUUACAAUCAAUUAAACCACCAUCGUUUGUAUGUUUGGACAGCGACGAAGAAGAAGCGUCCCACGAAAUUCAAUGCAAACCUCAAUCGUCGACCGUUGCUGAUGUGCCAGUCAAUAAUACUUUCAAUUGUUUAAUAAUAGAUGAUUUAACAAAGUCCAACUGUGUAACAAGUUCGAGAGAAAAUAUCGCAGAUGAUUAUUUUACCAUUUUAAGAGAAAAUGAGGAAACAAUAAAUACUGAAUACAAUCAAGCGAAAGAUGGUUACCAAAGCGUUAUAGUAGAUAAAACAGAAGAUAAUCAAGGAAAUAAUCACCAAACAAUCACAGAAACAAUUAUUGAUAACAAUGAAUCAAAUUAUUGUACGACAAAGAAUAUUAAUGAGGACAAUGUAUUAUCAUUGACUGUUAAGGAUGGAAAGGCUGUAACGAUACAAGAUAUUAAUCAUUGCACAUCAUUAAUUAUCAAAGAAAUUAAUACAAUGGAUGAAAAUCAGAUAGAUGAAAAAGAAUAUACUCAAAAAAGGAUAAACGAAGAUGUAAAGCUGCAGAAUAAUAUUAAAAAGAAAGGAGAAUACUUGGAUAAAAAAAUAGAAAUGUGGAAUGAUCAUUUAGAAGGUAUAGUAAUUGAAAAACAAACAAAUUUUGAAGAAGGUAGACAAAAUUUGAGUGAUGAAGUGAAACAGCAAAGUAUGAAACAAAAAAAUGAAUGUGCAACAGAAGAACUCGUAAUGACGCAAAAUGUUAGCAUGAAUGAAGAUAUUAAAAACGAAUCUUUGGCCGAACAGGAUCCGUUUUUAACAUUAUCGCAAAAAUUAGAAACUCUUGGCGCAAGGGAUGAUUGCAUUUGGCAUAUUUAUUAUAAGAAUAUCAACAGGAAAAUGAUCGUUUUUGGUUUCAUGUCAAAUUCAUUAUUGGUAGCGACCUUCUUAUCAUAUGAUUUUAAUAGCUCCGCAGAAGAUUUGAUUGAAAGAAUCAAGAUUAUUUCCCGUCUUGCAGAUGAUGCAGGAAUACUAAUAAAGAUAGUUCACAAAUUAAUUCUGGAGAAAAUAAGUGCAGAAAAACUUACAAAUGUGUACAGGACUCAUCAGGACAUCAUUCCGAUGUUAAAUUUUCUUUCGCAGGAAGUAAAACUAGCGAUGGAUUUCAUGUUUGAUUUGAGGCGUUUAGACGAUCUAAACUUAAUGGAGAUUGACCAAAAUGAAAUUACAUUCGUAUCUCGUAGCAAACGAAUGGAUAUUAUAUUGAGAGUUACAAUCAAAAUUAAACGAUUUGAUAAACUUGGUCCAAAUGACAUCAACUUGUAUUAUCUACUGGGGAAAAAUAGAAUAAAAGAAAUAGACAUUAAAAACUUAAUUAAAAACAUAAAAAAGGACCAUAAGUUCCUAAGGAGAUAUAUGAAUGAUGUCAAGGAUUACAUUGAUAUAAUGGAAGAGACUUUUAAACCUAAUAAUCGAGAAUGAAAAA